GCAUCCCAUCCAUGACUUUCAACACCAUCUUCUUGGCUAUCUCCUCCAUUCUGUUAUAUGACCCUCUGCGGAGAAGCGUAUCCAAAGGGCAGGAGUCGUUGUAAUGCCCUCAGGUGCGCGCGCGAACGGCCGAUCAUCGCAUCCUUCCGAGCGAACUCCGCUGCUUCAGUCUACCUCGGAUUGUCAAGAGAAUCAUGUUCAAUCUGUAGAGAUAGCAAUACAUGGCGAGGGCAGCGUUCAUCAGUCUCCAGAUUUGGGCAAGACCAGAAGUCAUCAUCCACAUGUUCAGCUAGCCUUACCCGAUGAUGAUGAUGAUGAUGACACAGCACCAAGAGCGGAGCUGGAGAACUUGGUGAGAUUUCAAAACAACGGGAAACUCGAGGGGGUUGGCAAAUGGAAAUUUAGAUGUGUGUUCGGCGGCAUCCUACUAGGAUACUUCAUUGCCAUGUUCGACUCCACACUCAUGGCGUCUAGUCAUCCAGUUAUCACAUCGUACUUCCAUGCCUCAAACUCUGCAUCCUGGCUUUCGACUGCCUUUCUACUUACAUCGACAUCGCUACAACCGCUUAUGGGUCGGCUGUCGGAUACUUUUGGUCGCCGCCUACUGUAUCUCACCGGUCUCGUGCUUCUUGCAGCGACGACGGCUUGGUGCGCUCUCGCACAGAGUGUAGGGAGCUUCAUUGCUGCAAGAGCAUUCUGUGGGAUCGGUGCCGCUGGUGUGCUCUCCAUGGGUAACGUCAUGACCAACGAUCUUGUCAGUAUCGAAAUCAGAGGAACCUACCAGGCCUAUAUAAACCUCUUCUACGGCGGCGGCUCAGCAUGUGGUGCCGCAUUUGGCGGUUAUUUGUGCGACAAACUAGGAUGGCGGAUGACUUUUGCGAUUCAGAUUCCCAUCCUCCUGGUCCUUUUACUCAACGCUAUCUUUACAACACCGUCUUCGCUCGGACCUAACCUAGCCAAACGGUCAGGACUGGGUAUCCGAGAUUCUAUGAAAGGGUUCGACGUUGCUGGGUCUUUUCUAUUAGCAAGUUCCGUUGCAUUUUUAAUCCUAGGGCUCAAUCUAGGAGGCAACAUCUACCCAUGGAAGCACCCCAUCGUCAUCGCUUCACUCAUUGUUGCCGUCAUUUCUGGGGCCAUUCUCAUCAGAGUCGAGUCAGGAGCAGCAAGAGCAGUAAUGCCUCUCCCAAUGCUCUUCAGCAAACCGCGAGGGAACCUCGUCUUCAACAAUUUCUUCGCCCAAAUCGGAAUGAACACGAUCCUCUUCAACGCACCUCUCUACUUCCAAGCGGUCAAACUCGAAAGCGCAUCCGUUUCUGGCUUUCGUCUUGCAGGGCCAUCCGUCGCCCUCACCAUCUGUGGCGUCUCAGCAGGCUUUAUCAUGACAGCUACUGGGCGCAUGAAAUGGCUCAUCGCUGUGGGCUCUCUGAGUAUGCUUGUAGGAGCCACAUGUCUCUCUUCAAUGUGGGAUGAUAUUCCAACAUGGCUUGCGACCAUGUUCCUUGUGCCUUCGAGUCUUGGACAGGGUUUGAGUUUCCCAGCUACGAGCCUUGCGGUACUUGCGACAAGUUCACAAGAGGAUCAGGCUGUCAUGACGAGUACGUUGAUUCUGUGGCGCAGUUUAGGCAUUGUGAUGGGCGUUUCGUUCAGUAGUUUGAUACUGCAGAACGCCUUGACGGAGUAUCUGGAGCAACUCGUCACCGGUCACAACAAGGCUAAGGUCAUACAACGCGUCCGCAAGUCGGUCCGAAGCAUCAUCGACCUUGAUCCGGAACAUCAAAGCCAAGUAAUCGAUGCGUACAUGCAGAGUUUGCGCCUUGUCUUCAUCUCGGCGAUGGCCAUGUUCGUCGUGGUCAAUAUAUUGGUCUUUGCGAUUGAAUUGCCACACCUGAAGAAACGGAAGAGAAAUGACGAUGAUGGCAUGGAAAAUGGUUCGUAAUCUGCGGCGAUCAGUCGGUGUCACACGUUCGGUGUUGCGCAGGCGGAACGGAGCGGCGGGGCUGUGCAAGAUGGGAUAUUGGGGGCGAACGACGGCUCCUAGGCGUAUUUGGAAUCUGCCUAUGAUCGUUGUAAUAAGAGAGUAAACAGUAUAUCGAUCUGAGCGCAAUAGUAUAGAGAAAGACAGAAUAUGCACGCAGUAUGCAAUGCCGCAAGGCGGACUUCACAAGAUUUCAUGUAUAUCAUGAAAGCAGUUAGACAUGUUCAGAACGGUUAGGGAAGUCAAGGCGCUAUCGUCAAAGUUGUGUGGCAACGAAUGCUAUAGCACUGCGCCA